AUGGACGAUAAAUCCCCUCACGGCUUCAGUGUCCUCAGUUCUUUCACGGGCUACUUGGUCCGUUUCGCCGCGCCACAACCUGACGAGUUCGUGGACUCUGCUGCUCUUGUCUCUGGUUCUUCGCCCGCAAUCAUCUUGUUAUUCAGGAAGUACAUUGAUGAUGAUGAUGUCCGGUUACGCGAAUCGCCUCGUAGGGUGUACAUGGCUGAACCUGAUAGCGAAUCUUACGACGUGUCUGAGGACAGGUAUGCUUGCCCUUUGAUCAGGCUGGCUGUCAGAGGUAUCCACACUAUCGGCGAGUUGGGAUCGGUGGCACCAUUUCCGCUUGCCGUGGCAAAGAGGAUCUUUAAUCCGAUGAGGUUUUUCAAUGCUGAGCCCAUUGAGUCGGAUGAUGAAGAUACCAUGAUGUUCGAGGAAGAAUCCAUAUGGAAGUUUUGGAUAGGAUAUGACAACCGCUGUUACCUAAUGGAGUCUAAGAUUUUUUUUUUAGAAAAGGAGGAUGCCCCCCGGCCUCUGCAUCUGGGCGAUGCAUACGGCCACUUUAUUAAUUAUUCUCACAAGAUCUUACAAAGUCAUACAACAGCAAGACUAAAGCCACCGUCUAAGCAACAACUGUCGCUACACCUAUACAAUUGA